GGGGGCCUGAGGGGGCCUAACUUAGUCGAGGACGUUAAAAGCUCCCUCAGACUUGACUGCAUGAGGUGUUUUGUGCUCUGUAUGGGCCCUGUGGGGGGAUAAAGUGCUGCUUUUGGUGGUUUGGGGUGUUUAAGUGAGUCUGUAAUGGUGCAGAAGGGAGAGCUUGAGAAUUCAGCAGGUGUCAGUAGUGGUUAGCAAUGGGUAGCCAGCUGAGAGAGAAACAGGUAAUUAGUAUCCAGCAGUUCUAGUACUGGUUCAAGCCUUUUAAUGUCCUCCAUUAACUUUAUUAUGAUUCUUGUAAGAGUGGUGCAGAAAGCCAUCCUGAUUGAAACAAAGCUAAUAAAGUAGUGGAGUACAGUUCUUUACAGGAAUGAACUCACUCAAAGUGAUUACGGUUGCUGUAGGUGAGGCAGUUUUUGACUAUCUCAUGUAACUUGAAGAACUUUGUUACUGUAAGUUUAGUUAACAAAAAGUCAUGGGGUAUGCACAAGCAAAUGACUUUCUGAGCAGCAGUUACAGACUGCUUUCUGCUUGGGUUAACUCUGGGCAUACACCAACCUCAUGAACUCUUCCAGCAAAAACAGCUGCUGAAGUAUGAGUUAAGUUCAUAAUUUCCAUGGCUACACAUUUCUUUCUCAAGCACUGGAUGACCGUAACCAAACGAUGUCUGUACCACGUGGAGCUGUCCAUGCAAAAUGGAUAAUAGGAAAAGUCAUAGGAACCAAAAUGCAGAAGACUGCUAAAGUGAGAGUGACAAGGCUUGUGCUAGAUCCUUACUUACUAAAGUUCUUUAACAAGCGGAAAACCUAUUUUGCCCAUGACCCGUUGCAGCAGUGUGUUGUUGGAGACAUUGUUCUUCUAAAAGCUUUGCCUGAGCGGAGGAGCAAACAUGUGAAACACGAACUGGCUGAAAUUGUUUUCAAGGUUGGAAAUGUCAUAGAUCCAAUAACAGGAAAGCCCUGUGCAGGAACCAGAUUCCUUGAAAACCUGUCAGAUUCAGAAAAUCUGACAGAGGCAGACACAAACUAUUUAAGUGAAAAACUCCAGGAACUUAAAGUUUGUUCAUCAGACAAAUAGCAGAGAGAAUAUUUAAAUGGGCCUUUUCAGCUCAUCUCUGUCAGAGAUGUUUGGGGCCCUGUUGCUUUAUGUUAAUUGUUUCAGUGAAAUUUGUAGUCAAAAUAAAUAGUAAACAUAGUUGCUUCUAGUAACAUGUUACAGAUUAAAAAUUUGAGGUGCCUCUCAAAUGAAAAUAUGGAAAAUGUGAAUUGUUAUACUUCUUGUUGCAUGUAGUUUUGCCCAAAGUUUUGGCAGUUUCAGAAAGCCAGCUGUUCACUUGGAAUGACCCUUUUGUACUGAGACAAAAUAAUUGUUUAAGUUUGGUGGGAGGGUCAUUAUAUUACUUGAUUGUUCUGUCUUUCAGGCAAUCGUUUGUGGCUUGUAGGCUUACUUAAACUAAUUCUAUUAAAGUGUUUGGAAGGAAGUACAGAAACUUAAAACAGCUACCUGCAUGUGUCCUUAUUUACUCUUAGUUUUUCAUACCACGCUGUGUUAUCUUCUAACUUCUGACAAAAAUCCAACCAUGUGCCAUUAUAAUGCUAGUCAAGUGAGAAUCUUAACUUCAUAGAGCUUAGUAGAGUUUUGUAACCUGUCCAAAGAGUGUAGUUCUGGGAGAGAUGGACCUCUUCGAAUUGCCAGCAUGAGGUAGAAGCUGAUGGGAUGACAAAGCCAAAAGAAGUAAAGGUGUUUUGAUUUAAUCUUAUUGGAAAAGAUAACUUUAAAAAUGUACUUCAGGAGAGUUACUGAUACUGAUUUGCUGAAUACUUUAAUAUGAAACUAGAAGCCCAUAGAGGUUAAAGAUUAAAGAUCACUUUAUUCUGCUAAAGAAA